AGGGUCCCCCCCUGGCAUCACCUCCCUUAUUUCUCUCUCUCCCUUGCUCCCACAGAAACCAACUGCACCUACUUUAAAUUCUUCACCACGGGGGAGAAUGCACACAUCUUCCAGAGAACCACAAAGAAAGAGAUGAACCUGGCGGCCGCGGUGAUAGCGGUUCUCGGCUUGACGGUCAUGGCCCUGGGCUGCCUCUGCAUCAUCAUGGUGCUGAGCAAAGGCGCAGAGUUCCUGGUCCGAGUGGGAGCCAUCUGCUUUGGCCUCUCAGGCCUGCUGCUCCUGGUCAGCCUGGAGGUGUUCCGGCAUUCCGUGCGAGCCCUGGUUCAGAGGGUCAGCCCCGAGCCGCCCCCGGCCCCGGCCCUGACCUACGAGUACUCCUGGUCUCUGGGCUGCGCCGUGGGGGCCAGCCUGGUCCUGCUGCUGGGGGGCGGCUGCUUCCUCCUGCUCACCCUGCCGCCCUGGCCCUGGGGCUCCCUCUGUCCCAAGCAGGGGCCCAGGGCCCCCUAGAGGCACCCUGCACCUUCUCGAAGCUCCUUGCAAACCCCUCCUUGGUCCUCUGUCCCCUCAGAAUCUUAUUGUUGUUGUUGUUGUUGAUCCUCACCCCGAGGACACUUCUCCACUGACCCCUAGAGAGAGUGGAAGGGAGAGGGAGAGGCAGAGAGAAACAUCGAUGUGAGAGAGACACACGUCGAUGGGUUGCCUCC